AUGGCAGCCCCGAUGGAAGCCCCCACGACAUCUCGGCGGGAAGGUUGCUCAGACAUCCAGAAGCAAGACGAACGAGACAGACUUCAAGAAGGUAUCGUCUCGUCUUGCAUAAUUUCUCAGUCACCUCCUACGGAAAUAGUUAAUACAACAACUACUACUUCAACAAUCACGGAUUCUAACGGCAGAGUGAAGAAACUUAAGACAACGACCACAACCACCCUCCGGACUACCACCACGGUCCGGCGGGUCUGCGUGGUUGCGCCCGGCGAAUUGGGCGGUGAGAAUGCGCUUGUUCCGAUUGGAGAUCCCCCCUCAGGCAUGCAGCCCAUCGAAGCCACGUCCUCCGACCUUGGCCUACCAUCUGCUGGCAGCCAAGAAGUCGUUCGUUUGACACACAUCUCCGGUGGUAAAGAUAGCUCUACCCAAGGACAGAAUAUAACCCAGCUUACAUUUAUGAAACCGCAAACAUCUACGUCAGAAGUUGUGGAGGUCCAUACAGACGCCGAUCCAGCUGCCUCUGAAGCAACGGACAGUGCGAAUGGCAAAACAACUACAAAGACUGUUCGCAAACGUGUAACUACCUCCGUUGCAGCUGUAUUUGCUUCACGUCACACAAAAGUGGACGGAAAUAGCUCCCCACACCCGCUUAAAGGCGCGCGGCUUGACCCCAUGAGUAGCGACAUAGUGGAGAAACUUAGUCAGGUUCAUCCGGAGGAUGGCAGUGUAUUUUUCGAUGGAAAUACCGAUUUCACAAACGAUGAUUCUGCUGCAAUGACCGCGUUAAGAGAAUGCGAACGGCAAUUUGCUACUCGGCUUGAACUCACAGGUAAUCCAGAUCUGAGUCAAUCGACAAUCACGAUGGAUCACUACACUAAUGAGAAAGGCAAAGCCGUGACAACCAAAACAGCUACACUGAAGGCCAAUGCCUUUCCCUCGCUCUUUGAUGGCCUUCCUCUUUACCAGGGCUAUGGCAUGAUCAGCCAGCACAUGAAGGAUAAUGAUCAGUCGGAAUCACCAGUGUCAAUAUUUUUCAAUGGAUGGCUCGAUCAGAUCGAUGUUGCGUCACUCACAAAAAUGUUUGAGGAUGCGUCUAGCACCGGUCUCUUAUCAAACGAAUUAAGUAAUAUCUUUAGUGAUCUGUCGAUUUCUCCGAAAUCAGCCAUUAAAGGACCUGGCGUCGAAAUAGAGGACGUGACAAGUGAGGACGAGAAGGACUCACUGGUUUUCGACUCAAAGUCGGGUGAUGUGCCCACUAGGAAAGAGUCAACUCAGUCAUCUCACGAAGAUAGAGGAGCAGCGACUGAUGACAGAAUUCCUACAGACGAAGAAAAGAUUUGUUACAAAAAUCAGAUCCUUAACCAACUCAGCACAAAAACGGGACCAUGCAGGAUCGCAUGGUCCGAAAUGCCUGAGGCAAUGUUUGAGGUCAUCACCUCGGAGGCGUCAUAUUACAGAAGCCUGCAAGUUCUCAUUGAGCAUUUCUAUGGUGCACCGGAAUUCGAUUGUUCGAGAUCGGCUACCACAAUUCCAGAAGAGAGCACAAAUGAAACUGAUGGUGAAUGCACUUCCUGCCAAUCGGGAGACGCUUCCAGCUUCUCGAAGUCCGCCAGCCAGAAUAAUGCGCUCUCCGGCGGCAGUAGAACUGGGUCGAUUACGGGACUUGGUGAAGUCGGCCCUGCUCCAGUCGUCAAGCCAGUUCUGAGCCCCACCGAAAAACACCACCUUUUCUCAAAUGUCCUUCUGAUCUGUAUGGCAAGUGAACGAUUCCUACAAGAUCUUGAAGCCAGGUGGUCAUCGGAAAAACCUCUGCUGAAUGAAGUCUGUGACCUCAUUGUCAAGCAUGCUGGAAGCGUGCACUUCGAACCAUAUCUCACAUAUCUCCGUAAUCAGACCUAUCAAGUCGCUGCCUACCGUCGGCUCAAUCGGCGUGAAGACUUUCAAAAGGCCAUUGCAAGAAUGCACGCACAUCCCGCGGUUGGCAAAAACCACCUCGACUCUUUUCUGGCCUUGCCGAUGCAGCGGCUGACCCGGCUCAAACUCCUUGUCGAGGUUAUUCAGAAGUUGCAGGCCGUGGUCGCCAGCGACGCAGAGGAGCGUGCUAUCACGGGGUCAACAGAAACCAUGACACCUGCUGCCACGGAAGGCAUACGGCGAAUGAAAAUCACUCCGCAACAGCAAGAAAACGCUAGUAUUGCUUUGAGGGAGUUAAAAAGGCUACUGUCUGAAAGCGAAUCAGAAAAGAAGCUCAUGGACGAGAAAGCACGGCUGCUGGCGCUUUCCUCGGCCCUCGAAUUCCCCGAAAAUGUUAAGAGAAUUGCAAUCAGCGACAAACGACUCAUCAAAGAGGGCGAGCUGCGUUCAGCUACCUCCGAUGGUAAGGCAACAGUGUUGUUGAAAAAGCUGGGCAGAAAAAAGCCUGAAACCUUCUACCUCAUUCUCUUCAACGACCUGUUAAUGGUUACCAAACUUAAAAAGAAUGAUCGCUAUCUAGUCCAGGACUAUUGUCCACGUGACAAGGUAUACGUAACGAUUGGGAACCCAAGUGAUGCAUCCACGCACAUCACAACUGGAUCCGCAUCUCGCUCACAGACGCUAGGUUCCAAUAAUUAUGGUGGACUCAGACGCCAGAAGCGUCCAAGCGCGGGUCUGCUGGGACUAAAAGGGAUACCACGGCACCACACCACCACUCUCGAGGUACCAGAAGGUCUCUUUAAGACAGCUUCUGAUAAUCCACAUGCUAACCUCCCGUCUGGUGGCUCACUGAGUUCUGCCUCAUCGAAUUCGAGUACAAUUGAGGUUUGCGGAACAGCUUCCUCCACUUCACCACCACUGAGCCCCACUCGGCCACCCUCGGUGCGCUUGCGCAGGUCUGGAAGCAGCCUCAGUUCGAAGUCUGUUCCUAGUGGUUCCUCAUAUUCGUUCUCUUCAGCUGGUGCAUGCACCAUUCACCGUGAUCUCCCUCUUCUGCUAUACGUUUGCUUGACUGAAAGCCAAAGCGGAACAUGUACUGAGUUUUGUUUCACGACAAAUGAUAGUGCCGAGUAUGAAGCCUGGUAUCGAGCACUUCACUCAAAAUCCCUCAAGCUGAACAGUAUCAACACUGGGUCGGAUGAACAACAGGUGAUCAGUGAAUAG